AUGGAUGCGCAACAGAACGACGAGCUUUACCCCAUCGCCGUCCUCAUUGACGAGCUCAAGGUCAACAACCCUCGACUCUUUGUAUCCAUGUCCUCGCUUCUGACGCGCUUUGUANNGCAUGACGAUGUCUUGCUCAGACUAAACGCCAUCCGCCGCUUGUCCACCAUCGCCCUUGCCCUUGGCCCCGAGCGCACCAGAGAUGAGCUCAUACCCUUCCUUGAUGAAUCCGUCGAGGACGAAGACGAGGUCUUGACUGCUCUGAGCGACGAGCUUGGUGGUUUCGUCGAGUAUGUCGGUGGCCCAGAGUACGCUCACGUGCUGCUCUCUCCUCUUGAGAACCUCGCCGCCAUCGAGGAACUGCUCGUCAGAGACAAAGCCGUCGAGUCACUCAACAAGAUUUGCGAACAAUUAUCAACCGAACAGAUUGACCAGUACUUCAUCCCUCUGAUCGGCAGACUCUCAAAAGCAGACUGGUUCACCGCAAAGAUCUCAUCCACCGGCGUCUACAAGGUCGCAUACACCAAGACCGAUCCCCAGACACAAGAGUCCCUGAGGCAGGGUUUCGCACAGCUCGUCCACGACGAUACCCCCAUGGUCCGCAGACAGGCAGCUAUCAACUUGGCCAAGUUCUUGCGCGUCAUGCCGCCGAAUGUUGUCAUCGAAGAGAUGAUUCCUCUUUUCCAACAUCUCGCAAGCGACGAUCAGGACAGCGUUCGUCUUCUUACCGUUGAAAUCCUGGUUGCCAUCGCAGAGACCGUCCCCAAGGAGCAGCAAUCGAGCCAUGGCGUUCUCCUCACUGCACUAAGAAGCCUUUUCGAGGACAAGAGCUGGAGAGUGCGCUACAUGGUCGCAGAGAAGUUCGAGAAGGUGCGUUCACCAUCAGUCCUGUUUCCCACACUUGCCGUACUAACAUAUUUUGUANNGAUUGCCAAGGCCGUCGACGAUGAGGUUGUCAGCCGCGAUCUUGUUCCUGCCUUCAUCAAGCUCCUCAAAGACACCGAGGCCGAGGUGCGAACUGCCAUUGCUGGUCAAAUUCCUGGAUUCUGCGCCCUCAUCGAGAGAGAUGUCCUGCUCCAGGAAGUCAUGCCCGCAGUUGAGGAGCUUGUCUCGGACUCGUCGCAACAAGUGCGCGCCUCGUUCGGUACCCAGAUUAGUGGUCUGGCUCCCAUUCUCGGCAAGCAGGAGACCACCGAGCACCUUUUGCCCAUGUUCCUCCAGAUGCUCAAGGAUGAGUUCCCUGAUGUCCGCUUGAACAUCAUCUCCAAGCUCGAGCUUGUCAACGACGUCAUCGGUAUCGAGCUCUUGUCGCAGUCGCUCCUCCCUGCCAUCGUUCAGCUCGCAGAGGACAAGCAGUGGCGCGUCAGACUGGCCAUCAUCCAACAUCUUCCUCUCCUGGCUUCUCAGCUCGGUGUUCAAUUCUUCGAUGAGAAGCUUUCCAGCCUGUGCAUGUCUUGGCUCGGCGACACCGUCUUCAGCAUCCGCGAGGCCAGCACCCAGAACCUGAAGAAGCUUACAGACGUUUUCGGUGUGCAAUGGGCCAACGAGGCUAUCGUCCCCAAGGUUGUCGCUAUGGGCGGCCACCCUAACUACCUGUACCGCAUGACCACUUGCUUUGCAGUUUCGAUUCCCAACAUCAGAUUCAACGUCGCAAAGUCAUAUGCAGUAUUGAUCAACGUCCUCAAGCGUCUGCCUGAUACCGAGUCAACAGUCCUCUCGCUCGAAAAGACGGGCAAGACUGGAUCAGGAAGUCCCCAGGGUGACCAGCUUAUCCGGGAACAAAUCAUGCCUAAUCUGGAAAAACUCAUGACUGACGACGAUGUCGAUGUGCGCUUCUUCGCAAGCCAGGCGGCCAAGAGCUACAGCGACGCAAUGCAAUCAUAA